GUCUCUCUCUCUCUCUCCCCUCCGGCGUUUUACUACCUUCGUCGGCAUAGCAGUUCGUCGUCGCUGCUUUGUUCUCCUCCGGCGUCGCCGCUUACUUCUCUGCUGCGGUUGCUGCGAGCUCCUCCCCCCUCGUCGUCGCUCUUCGCAGUCGCAACCAACCGUCGCUCCUCGCCGUUGCUCUUCGCAGUCGCUCCUCGCCAUCGCUGCUCGAUCCUCGCCGUUGCUACUCGAUCCUUUCCCCUGGUUUGCCUCUGGUUCGCCGCUUCGGCCUCUCUUUACCGCUGUUCUCUGUUUUGAAUUAGGAUUCGCCUCUUUACCAAGUCGCAGACUCACAGUAUCAGCACUUCUCUGUAGUAAUUUGAUUAUGCUAGAUUAAGAAUAUAACAUGAGCACCACAAAGCACAAAACUCCAAGGUCUCGUAGUCAGGCUUUGUUUUUCCGGGAUUUAGCCUCACCUGUUUCUGCCAGGAGACAAAAGUUUUCAAGAUCGGGCCAGGCAGCUGCAGUACCUGCUCUGUGGCGUGAGAAUUUUGGUGGUUCGGACCUUCCACCUCCUCCUGUUUUUACCUUGGAAGACAUGUCAGCUUUUUCUCCUGAAUCAGGCAUACCGGAUUACCAAAUAUCUCCGGAGUCUAAAUCCAAUAUUAGGACUCCAAUUCAAGCUUCAAAUAGAGAAUUUUCAACUCCAUUGAAAAGCAAAUCCGAGGCCAGCACAUCUUAUGUGUUAAGAGGGGUGCAACAAAACCAGCUGAGCUCUACAGGGUUGAGUUGGUGGUCACCCACAACUGCAAAGAGUGGUGGAGAACAAGAUGAAAAGGGAGGGAGUUCACCAGUUGAGGGUGUGGUUCAGCCUGGUGCUCUUAUAACUCUCCCUCCGCAGCUGGAAGUAGCAAGGCCAGAGAUUCAAAGGAAUUCACUGCCAGUUGGGAAUCUCAAUGAGGAAGAGUGGGUAACUGUUUAUGGAUUUUCUCCAGGUGAUACUAAUUUGGUUUUAAGGGAGUUUGAAAAAUGUGGUGAAAUUUUGAAACAUGUUCCUGGUCCUAGAGAUGCUAAUUGGAUGCAUAUUUUAUAUCAGAAUCGUUCUUAUGCACAGAAAGCCCUUAACAAGAAUGGAAUGCAGCUCAAUGGAGUCCUAAUAGUUGGUGUGAAACCCUUGGAUCCCAUGCAACGUCAAGCAUUGGGUGAACGGCUUAACCAUCAGAAUGACAACUCAACUUCCCGUCAAACUGGAGGAGCCAUUGUUUCUCCAACAAAAUUAAUGGCGUACAGGAUGAUGGAUUGGCUAUUUGGAGUCUCUGCUAGAGAUUCAGAAUCAAGUACGCUGAAAGCUCCCUCUCGACCCUACCAUCUGCAAAAUGACAACUCAACUUCUCAUCAAACUGGAGGAGCCAUUGUUUCUCCAGCAAAAUUAAGGGUGUACAGGAUGAUGGAUUGGCUAUUUGGAGUCUCUGCUAGAGAUUCAGAAUCAAGUACGCUGAAAGCUCCCUCUCAACCCUACCAUCUGCAAAAUGACAACUCAACUUCUCAUCAAACUGGAGGAGCCAUUGUUUCUCCAACAAAAUUAAUGGCGAACAGGAUGAUGGAUUGGCUAUUUGGAGUCUAGAUGAGCUAUAAUGGUGGAUCAGAUUAUAUCAUUCUGUUUUGUUUUAAGUGAUGAGUGACUGUUUCAGCUAUUCAAAUGCUGUUAAAAAGUUUGGCAUGCCUUCUGGAUUUGAGUUGGAAUGUUUAUACUUUGAAUGCUAGUGGUUGGAUUUUAUUUCUUCAUAAUGUUUCAUUCUCAUUGGAUAACUAUAGGCCAGAGUCUUUGUAGCUGUGUUUUUGGAACAUGAUAUAUAUUAACUACAGGUUCAUCAAUGGUUCUGUGAA